AUGUUCAAAGUCUUGCAGUCAUUUGUUGUGGAUCUUCGUGACAAGAUGACUGGCAUCAGCCUCUAUGGUAUUGUCACAGAUAUUUCUAGGGAAAGAAAUACAGCAGAGAUCACUUUUGCUUUAAGGAUUGAAGACACAACUGGAGCAGUCUGGGCAAAGCUACAUUUUGUGAGAUCUUGGUCAUUGGGGAGAUUAGGCCUUGGUCACACUGUGUAUAUAUCUGGUUUGACAUGCUCCGUGACAAAGCAAAAGCGCCUUGAAGUACUAUGGCAUGAGAAUGAUGUUGGAGCAUCGGUCAUAAACAUUAGUUGCUUACCAGCAAUGCUAAACUCAUCUUGCCUCCACAAGUUAUCGCACCUUUCUGACCUAUCAACCCAGACUAGCAGUACACAGAUAUGUUGGGUUUGGAUGGACCAGAUUGAACAUUGUCAUGUAAAUACGAGAUUGUCACAUGUCCUUUGUGGUCAUUUUGUUGACAAGACGCCAAGUGGGAUUUUGAAGUGCAACUUCUGUCAUUGUAAUUGCAAUGGCGAGGUUGUGCGUACCUUCCAUUUGAAAAUAACACUUGCAGAUGAAAGUGCAAAAGUUUUUGCAUGGUGUACUGGUCAGACUGCUUCAGAGUUGCUGCAAAUAUCUCCAGAUGAAUUCUAUGAACUGCCCGAGGAAGAACAAAUCAUGUAUCCGUCUUCGCUUGAGCAUGAAAGGUUCGCAGUUGCACUAGUGAACUGUUGUUAUGCACGAACUGAACAAGAGCUUGACGCAGUUACAUGGGAAAUCACCCGUGCAUUAAAGUGUGAAUGAGAUUGUGAAUAUUUGGAUACACCAACGAACACGGCACCUUGGAUUUCAGGCCGUCGAAUAAGCAUUGUUAUUAAGCAUCUUGACGUGAAAUGGGUGGAUCAAGUUUCUAAGUUAUAGUCCAUGUAAACGUGUUGGUAGAUGCAUGCAUAUGCAUUUCUAUUUCAAAAGAAAAAUGCUAGAAAUUUGCAUGUUUUUUAAUGGAAUGAGACUGUGUACUGAGAACUAGAGAUGGUAAAUGGACGGAUUGAAUUGAAUUGG